UCGGGACUUCUCUUGUGUUAGACACGUGAAUGUUUUAGCGUGCUGGUUCAGCGCUGAUCAGUUUUAUUCGAAUACAAAUUGGUUAUCUCGACCAGGACGAGAAUUCAAUCAUGGCUACCACCAAGGUGGAUAAUCCUGAAAAGCCAGGGCAGGAAGUCACUCCCAUUCAUCGCAUUAGAAUUACACUUACAUCUCGCAAUGUUCGUUCCCUCGAGAAAGUGUGUGCUGAAUUAAUCAAUGGAGCUAAGAAGCAGAAGUUGAAGGUUAAGGGACCUGUUCGCAUGCCGACAAAGAUUUUGAGAAUAACCACUCGCAAAACACCUUGCGGCGAGGGUUCAAAGACAUGGGAUCGUUUCCAGAUGCGAAUACACAAGAGAGUCAUUGAUUUGUAUUCGCCAUCAGAAAUUGUGAAACAAAUCACAAGCAUUUCAAUCGAGCCUGGUGUAGAGGUGGAAGUGACGAUUGCCAAUGAAUAAACAAUGACAUUAAAACUGUA